CUGGCCUUGCUUAUUUGGGUAUAAUGGGUGAAGCAUUUUUAAUGUGUUUUGCUGGAGAAUAUCUUAGUUACAAGACUAAAUCAAUUUCUAAUGCAACAUACAAUACUCUGUGGUAUAAUAUGUUGCCAAAUCAGAGUAAAAUUAUAAUAUUUAUAAUAAUGAGAUGUCAGAAGCGAGUAGGGAUUACAGCAGGGAAAAUGAUGGAUAUGUCAUUUGAAACUUUUGGAAAUAUUGUGAAGGCAACAGCAUCAUAUAUAUCCGUUUUAAAUGCCAUGUAUUAAUUAAACUAGUAAAAAAAUAUUUAUUUGUUGUACUUAACCGCAAUAUAAAAUAUAAUUAAUAUAAGAUAAUAAUCUAUAAGUAUUAAUAAAAAAUAUGUAAUUAAGCUGUUAU